AGACAGACGGGCAGAGAGACGCUCUACCUGGACAUGGAUCACCUGUUGGUGCUGUUGCUGUGGAGCUCAGACAGACACUGAGGACAGCACAUGUGAGACAUCAGAGCAGACAGCAGACAGACGGACAGAGAGACGCUCUACCUGGACAUGGAUCACCUGUUGGUGCUGUUGCUGUUGCUGUGGAGCUCAGCACUGCAGACUGAAGGAACACCCAACUCAACAGAGUCUGAGGAGGUCAGGUUGGUGGGAGGAGACAGUCGCUGUGCAGGAACACUGGAGGUGAAACAUAAAGGAGACUGGAAACCAGUGAGGGGCUUAGAUAUGGUAAUAGAGAGGAGCGGAGACUGGACCCUGAAGGAAGCAAAUGUUGUCUGUAGAAAUCUGGACUGUGGUUCUGCUGUUUCUGUAGUAAAGAGAAAGGAGUCUUCAGUCAGACCUGUGUGGAGGAUCGAGUCUGACUGUGUUCAGUCUGGAUCUUCUCUGAGGGACUGUGCAAGAUCAGAUAUCUCUUCCUCCAUCCUGAAUCUCACCUGUUCAGACUCUGUCAGGCUGGUGGAUGGGACUAGUCUGUGCUCAGGCAGACUGGAGGUGAAGUCUGACCAGUCUAACCAGUGGUGGUCCUCAGUGUGUGAAGAUGACUUUGACCAGCAGGAUGCAGAGGUGGUCUGUAGGGAGCUCGGCUGUGGGGCUCCUUCAGUCCUCCAGGGGGCGCUCUAUGGAGAAGUGGAGGCUCCAAUGUGGACCAAAGAGUUCCAGUGUGGAGGCCAUGAGUCUGCUCUCCUGGACUGUAGAAGCUCAGGCUCAGCUAGAAACACCUGCUCACCUGGAAAAGCUGUUGGACUCACCUGCUCAGAGUCUGAGGAGGUCAGGUUGGUGGGAGGAGACAGUCGCUGUGCAGGAACAGUGGAGCUGAAACAUAAUGGAGACUGGAGACCAGUGAGGGGCUCCUACUGGACCCUGAAGGUAGCAAAUGUUGUCUGUAGAAAUCUGGACUGUGGUUCUGCUGUUUCUGUAGUAGAGAGAGAGGAGUCUUCAUACAGACCGAUUUGGAGGAUCGACUCUGACUGUGUUCAGUCUGGAUCUUCUCUGAGGGAGUGUGCAACAUCAGAAUCCUCUUCCUACAUCCUGAAUCUCACCUGUUCAGACUCUGUCAGGCUGGUGGAUGGGACUAGUCUGUGCUCAGGCAGACUGGAGGUGAAGUCUGACCAGUCUAACCAGUGGUGGUCCUCAGUGUGUGAAGAUGACUUUGACCAGCAGGAUGCAGAGGUGGUCUGUAGGGAGCUCGGCUGUGGGGCUCCUUCAGUCCUCCAGGGGGCGCUCUAUGGAGAAGUGGAGGCUCCAAUGUGGACCAAAGAGUUCCAGUGUGGAGGCCAUGAGUCUGCUCUCCUGGACUGUAGAAGCUCAGGCCCAGCUAGAAACACCUGCUCACCUGGAAAAGCUGUUGGACUCACCUGCUCAGAUUCUGUCAGGUUGGUGGGAGGAGACAGUCGCUGUGCAGGAACACUGGAGCUGAAACAUAAAGGAGACUGGAGACCAGUGAGGGGCUUCCGUUGGACCCUGAAGGAAGCAAAUGUUGUCUGUAGAAAUCUGGACUGUGGUUCUGCUGUUUCUGUAGUAGAGAGAGAGGAGUCUUCAUACAGACCUGUGUGGUUGAUCGACUCUGACUGUGUUCAGUCUGGAUCUUCUCUGAGGGAGUGUGCUAUAUCAGCUUCCUCUUCCUACAUCCUGAAUCUCACCUGUUCAGACCUGCUGGUUCGGCCCAACAUCUCUGUGUCCUCCUCCACGUACGGGGUCUCUGAGGCCCAGCAGCAGGAGUUUCGGGUGCUCAGGGGCUCCACCUUCACCAUCAGCUGCUCCAUCCAGCCACAGUACCCAGGAGGCUCCUUCCAGCUCACCUUCACCUCCUCCAACACAACGCACAACUACACCCAGCCAGCUGUCAAUCACUCUGCCCACUUCCUGUUUCCUGCUGCAGAGCCCGCCCACCAAGGAAACUACAGCUGUGUUUAUCACGUCUAUGUUUUCUCUCAUAACUUCUCCUCUGAGAGCCGUCUGCUCUCUCUCACUGUCUCAGAUCCAUCAGUUCAUCAUCACUUCAUCAGAGUGGUCGUCCUGCUGCUGACUCUGCUGUUGGUGAACACUGCCCUCUGUUGCUGCUGUAAGGCCUGCAGGGGGCAGAAGCCGGGCAGACAGGAGAACAUUGAGCUGGAUGAUUAUAACCUGGGUGUUCCUGCAGCUGGAGGAGGGCCGACUGAAGAGGAAGGAGCUCAGGGAGCAGAGUAGGUCCUCCAAGGAGCUCCUCUCACAUCCACAUGGAUUUCACAGCUGACACACAGCCAUCAGCUCAGUCAAGGAUUUUACAUUUUUAUCCUCAUGUUGGCUGGAAUUAUUAUAUCACAUUAUAUUUUUAUUACUCUGAGCAUGAAAAGACCAAAACCAACCCUGUUUGUUCCUAUUGAAGACGUAACUCUUUAAAAACACCUCACAAAUAUUGAAAGCAGAGAUACUGAGCUCUCGGGCUGUAAAGAUUUACACAUUCAGAAAUCAGUUUUAACGUUAUUCGACGACAUCAGUACACUGACCCCUGGAUCGAUCUGAAUGUACCAUGAACCGGUCGAUGGUCAGAUUCUAAAGUUAUGAAGACCCAGGCUGGUCGGGGAUUUGGGAGUCAUUUUGGAACAAUGUUGGCCCAGUGAUGUUAUCUAUUCAGUUAAAAUCAAAGUGAAACACUGUCAUAUAUCCUCUGAAUCUGGUGUUACAAUACUCGAUCACAUUUGGUGACGUUUGAACAACUGAAUCCUGAGAUAAGAGCAGAAACCUGUUCAGGACCACCUGCUGUUGGAUCUGUAGAUCUGGACCACAUCCAGGGUUGGUGGAACAAAUCUGCUGCGAUUGGGAGAAUCUGUUUAAAAAGAUUACAGUGAAUUAACAAAGUCAUGUAGUUAGAGAACAGAGAACAAUAUUAAAGGUCAGAGGCUGUUUGACACCACUUUCAUCCUGUUAAUGAGAUAUCAACUUUAUAACUUUACUUUAGCGCUCCCUUGUGGUUGACAUGGGUUUUUAUUUUAUCUUGUGAGCAAGAUUUCGUCCUCCAGGACUUUGAAAAUGUCAUAUUUGUAUCGUAGAUGGUUCGACAGCAGGACCACAUUCAGCUCAAAUCUGGGAACAAAGAAUUAGAAUAAUUCAAAUGGGAGCAAAAAUAUGAGUUGUUAAAACUUAUUUGAUCUUUAAAUCAAGAAUUUUCAUUGUUUUU